AUGCGCUUCUCUCAUAUCACUACUGUCGCUAUCGCUGCGGCCUCUGGACUGUCCCAAGCCCGGGUUAUUCCGGCCAACUCUAAACGCGAUGACGACUACACCAACGAAGUAGUCAUCAUGCUCCAGUGCGACCGCAUGCAAGACGGCUCCGACACCCUCUUUGGCACCAAGGACCAGAUGUGGUGGUGGAACGACUACGCUGCCAUCUUUGUAGACAAGGCGGCCGUCACCUACAAGACGGCCUAUGUCUACGCCCCUGGUCAAGAUAACCCGACAUACGUCGACUGGACGGCCGGCACUACUAAUGACCCCAUCACGGCCGAUUUUGACGGCGAAAAGUUCAAGCUCUAUGGCCAGGCCGAGACAGGCGAUAGUAAUACUCAUGUUACCGGAACGGGUAGCUACAAAGGCAACGACUUCACCUGCUACGACACCCCCAAGCAAAACUUCUACGAGCCCGUCUCGGACGACGUGCAGUACGUUUGCCACAACAAGUACCUUUGUACGCGGUCCAGCCGCGAUAUCACCCGCUCCGAGAUCGAGGUUUCGCAGGGCACCUACGAUGUUACCGCGGACGGCAGCUACCCUAUGGACAACCCCGGUGUCGUUGAGGGUGUGACUAUGGAGGAGGCUAAUGAGAAAGCCCGAGCGUGGGCCGAGAAGAUGUAUCUGAUGAUCAUCGAGGCGGAGGCCACGGGUACGGAUGCCGACCAUCCCUACUCUAUGGGAGACUCGGGCUACAGCAUGUACUUCAACAUUGACCGCACUGAAAAGGAGGGCGACGCGCACUGGGACACCAGCCGGGUCACCACCAUUGCCAACGAGCUCGCCAGCUUGAUUCCCCCUAAGCUGGUCGAGGGCAGCUCGACUGACUGCGUGUACAACCCCAAGUCUUCCGUCUGCCAAUGGGUCCUUCCAUUCCCUCACGAGAUAGUCGUUAAGUUCGAGGUGGCCAGGCAGAACGACCCGCGGUGGAUGACCCAGGAUACCUUCACUAUUUCAGUCCGGCCUGACAGCCCCGCCAGCUGCAGCACGACAAACUCGAUUGCGACUGUAAUUGCUGGAGCGCUGGCUGGUAUUCCGGUAGUUGGCAUUGCGGCCAAUUUGGCUGCCUUUGGCUCUGCCAUUUCUACAACAGUUGCUGGAGCAGUUUGCUUGUAA